AUGGUCAGUGCAACCGUCCCUCAGCCAGACCACGACGAGUACCAAUACUUAAAUCUUGUCCGACGCGUAAUUGACUCUGGAGAAUCGCGUCCAGAUCGCACAGGAACAGGCACUUGUUCCAUCUUCGCACCACCCUCUCUCCGUUUCUCCCUCGCAGACGCGACACUUCCACUUCUUACCACAAAACGAACAUUUCUUCGCGGAAUAGUCGAGGAACUACUAUGGUUUGUACGUGGUGCAACGGAUGCAAAGCUGUUAUCACAGAAGGGAAUCAAGAUCUGGGACGGCAAUGGUUCCAAGGAGUUCUUGGAGAAGAGAGGGCUAGGAUAUCGACAGGAGGGCGACUUGGGUCCUGUGUACGGAUUCCAAUGGCGGCAUUUCGGUGCCAAAUACGUUGACUGUGACACGGACUAUACUGGAAGAGGAAUCGACCAGUUGAAGGAAUGUAUCAGGAAGAUCAAGGAAGAUCCUACUGAUCGGCGGAUAAUUCUCAGCGCAUGGAACCCUGCAGAUAUACCCUUGAUGGCUCUGCCACCUUGCCAUAUGAUGUGCCAGUUCUAUGUCCACCUCCCGUCUUCAUCCUCUGCGAAACCCAGGCUUUCUUGUCUGAUGUAUCAGCGUUCUGCGGACCUUGGACUUGGGAUACCUUUUAACAUUGCCUCAUAUGCGCUGCUCACGCACAUGGUGGCUCACGUAACUGGUACAGAACCGCACGAGCUGAUCAUUCAGCUCGGAGAUGCUCACGUUUACAAGGACCACGUUCAAGCGCUCGAAAUACAGCUUACCAGAGAACCAAAACCGUUUCCAAAACUACGUUGGCGAAGAAAUGUAGAAGACAUUGACAAAUUCGACUCUGAAGAUAUUGUUGUCGAGGGAUAUGAGCCGCACCCGAGCAUCGCGAUGAAGAUGAGCGUAUAA